ACCCCUGGAACCUAAAUUCACGCUCCAUCUAUUACGUAGUCUGCCCCUUGCCAGUACUUAGGCGUGGGCCCCAGUUGAUAUUGGACGUCUUAGUACAAAAGCUUCGCUUCUCAGCUAUUUUUAUGAGUCUUUCCAUUCGAUCUGAGAAAAAAAAAAUUUCUCUUGAUUUGGCAACAAAGUUUGUUUGUCAGUGAAAAACAGUUUCAAUUUUUGUGUAAUUCAAUGGCUGGAAUUUGCUGCGAAAUUGUUGGAGAAAGUGAAGCUGCAGCUCCGGUUGAACCAACCUCAAGAGCUUCACGUCGCCGGAGAAUGGAGCUUCGUCCGUUUAAGGUAGUAGCCGACGCGGCCGUUCAACCGCCGUUAGAAAACGGUCGGAAACGUAAGAAGCUCGAUCUCGAUCUCUUCCUCCCGGCUUCUCCUCAUGACAGUGAUAACGCGGUUCAAAACUCCGAUACUAAUAAGCUUAAGAAAGAUUACGAAAUUAAUGAAGGUUUGAAUUCUAAUAGAACAGUAAAAUUAGAGGCCGUAGAGAAGGAAUCGCCGAAGUUCGGCAUGACUUCCGUUUGUGGAAGGCGACGAGAUAUGGAGGACGCCGUUUCGAUUCACCCUUCGUUUUGCAAGCAAAGCUCUCAAGUUCAAAUUUCGUCGGACAUUCACUUUUUCGGCGUCUUCGACGGCCAUGGCUGCUCACAUGUUGCGAUGAAGUGCAGAGAUCGGUUUCAUGAGAUACUAAGGGAAGAAAUCGAAGCGUGCUGCGGAGGAAACGCGGUGGAGUGGAAGCGGACGAUGGAGAGAAGCUUCGAGAGAAUGGAUAAGGAAGUUCAAGAAUGGACAGUGGACGCUAGGGAGAGUUCGAAUUGCCGAUGCGAACUUCAAACUCCACAGUGCGACGCCGUUGGAUCCACAGCAGUGGUUGCUGUUGUCACUCCGGAUAAGAUCAUCGUCGCCAACUGUGGUGAUUCCCGCGCUGUCUUGUGCCGGAACGGCGUGGCUCUCCCCCUUUCCGACGAUCACAAGCCGGAUCGACCCGAUGAAUUAGUUCGGAUCCAAGAAGCCGGUGGCCGAGUAAUUUACUGGGAGGGCCCUCGAGUUCUUGGCGUUUUAGCCAUGUCCAGAGCAAUUGGUGACAAUUAUUUAAAACCCUUUGUAAUUCCGGAGCCGGAGGUGACAAUAACGGAAAGAGAAGGGGGCGAUGAAUGUUUGAUAUUGGCAAGCGACGGAUUGUGGGAUGUGGUGACGAAUGACACGGCAUGUUUCGUGGCCCGUAUGUGUUUACGCGCUCAAAAGCAACCAUCUUCACCAGGAUCACCGGGUUGUGACGCGGCUGUCAGAGGUGGCGCAGCCGAGAGUUCGGAUAAGGCGUGUUUGGAUGCUUCUAUUUUGUUAACUAAGUUGGCCUUGGCUAGGCAUAGUGCGGAUAAUGUUAGUACUGUUGUCGUUGAUUUGGAGAAAAAUCAGCACUUAUAAUUAAAUUAAAUCCAAUUAUAUAAAAUUUAUUAAACGGAAGCAGAUAGAGUAAUUAGUUUUCUUUUUUUUUUUUGAAAAUUGUAAGAUAAUGAGCUUCAUUUUCGUUGAUGUGCUAAUUGAAAUGAAGGAAAGGAAAAGAAAAGAAAGUAUGGGUUUUAUGAUUUGAUUUUU